ACCGGAAGGUUUGUAAAUACAUGGCGCUUGCGUUUGCGCAAUAACUGGUUCUCUUUUCUACUAGGGCCGUUUGUUGAAACGGGUUCCUGUAGCGGCGUUUUCUCAUUUUCUUCAAAAAUGGGUUUUGUGAAAGUUGUUAAAAAUAAACAAUACUUUAAACGGUACCAAGUAAAAUUUAAAAGGCGUCGUGAGGGUAAAACUGAUUAUUAUGCACGUAAACGUCUUACCAUACAAGAUAAGAACAAAUAUAACACUCCUAAGUACAGACUGAUCGUUCGUCUCUCAAAUAAAGAUAUCACCUGCCAGGUGGCAUACUCUCGUAUUGAGGGAGAUAGAAUCGUAUGUGCAGCAUACAGUCAUGAACUUCCCAAAUAUGGGAUUAAAGUUGGGCUGACAAAUUAUGCCUCAGCAUAUUGCACAGGUCUUCUGCUCGCCAGAAGACUCCUGAAGAAAUUGGGCCUGGACACAUUAUAUACUGGCACUACUGAAGUGACUGGUGAUGAAUAUAAUGUAGAAGAACUCGAUGAUGGCCCAGGAGCAUUCAGGUGUUACCUGGACACUGGUCUGAUGCGCACAACUACUGGCGCUCGUGUAUUUGGAGCCAUGAAGGGUGCCGUCGAUGGUGGCUUGAACAUCCCUCAUAGUACUAAAAGGUUCCCUGGCUAUGACAAUGAGUCUAAGUCUUUUAAUGCCGAUGUUCAUCGGCAGCAUAUUUUCGCCCAGCAUGUUGCCAACUAUAUGCGAACUUUGGAGGAAGAGGACGAUGACGUUUUCAAACGUCAGUUUUCUCAGUACAUCAAAAAUGGAAUCACCGCCGCCGCAAUUGAAAGCAUCUACAAGAAGGCCCAUGAGGCAAUUCGAGCCAACCCUGAACACCAGAAGGUAACCAGAACGAAGGAACCAAUAAAGAAACGUUGGAACCGUGCAAAGUUGUCGCUCUCUGAGCGCAAGAAUCGUGUUGCUCAGAAGAAGGCGUCCUUCCUGAAGAAGCUCGAGGAAGCUGAAGCAUAAUUCCUCAUUUUGUCCAUCUAUCGUCUUUCGGCCCAUUGCAACUCGGCUGCCAGUGAAGCAAGUGCACAUUGCUCUUUACGUUACAUCAUUGGAUUCUGUAUAUGCAGCGCAUGGGAAGUCAUACGAGAAUACAAUAAAAAUUUAUUGGAUGAAA